AUGACAACCUCGACGCUUGGCUUCCACGCGCUCUACAUUCCGCGCUCGAGUGCCAAAACCCAGCGCUACCUCGGCGCGGGCCUCCUCCUGACCCUGCUCGGCCGCACCUUUGGCAUGCGCCGCGUGCUUCUCGUCCUCUGUCGCUCUGCCUACAAGCUCUUGUCGGCCACCAAUCACAUGUACGACACCAAGCUCUGUCCGCUGCUCGACAGUGUUCAGACCAUCCAGACGCUGCAGACUGCAGUCGCCGCCAAAGACACGAGCAUUACCGACCUCACCAUGAAGGUUGCAGCGCUCCACGAAGCCGCGCGGGUCCAGCGCGUGACGGCGACCGAGAUCAGCGCCGACCUCAAGGUCGAGCUGCAUCAGACCAAAAUCCUACUGCACCGCACGAGCAAGGUCGUCCAGCGCGACUUGAAAGCGAUUCGCACCGCGCUCAGCAAGCCCCAGCAAGAACUCUAG